AUGCUACCUAUACGUUCUAUAAAUAAUAUCGACUCUGCUUUUGUACAAUUUCAAAAUAAAACAAAUCGAAAAAUCGAUGUUUUGUGGAUUAAUUACGCUGGAGGAUUAAAAAAGUACGGAUCUUUGCAACCGUAUGAAACUUUAAACGUUGAUACAUAUAAAACACAUCCAUGGAUAUUUGUAGACCCCACAACUGGAAUAAAAAUGAAAGUGGGCUCUGGGACUGUAUUUUACCCUUUAUCUAAUACAGAAGUCAUUCGAAUUUUGAGAUUAAAUGCGGAUCAAGUGAUCAGAAUUCCUAUUCCGAUACGACUACCCGUAUUUAGUCUUUUACAAAUAACUUCUCAAAUUGUGCUUUCAUUGUUAAAAAAUACAAGUGAUAUUGAUAAUUUGCAAUUGCCAUUAGUUUUGAAGCAAGAGAUUUUGAAAUUGAAUGAAGAAAAAAAUAAAAUUGUAUCUCAAUAUUUUAGCUAUGAACAUUAA